AGCCGACUUCAGUAUGUACUAAGGGAGCGUUUUCUCAGCCUGCACACUGUGUGACAGUGCCGAACUGACCAGACUGCUGUCAUCAGCCCUGACCUAAUCAACACAAUCUAACACAAUGCUGCGCUUACCAAGUGUGAUGAGACAGAUGCGCCCUGUGUGCAGGGUGCUGGCCCCCCACCUCACUCGCUCCUACGCCAAGGAUGUCAAAUUUGGAGCCGACGCCCGUGCCCUCAUGCUGCAGGGGGUGGACCUGCUGGCUGAUGCUGUCGCCGUCACAAUGGGACCCAAGGGUCGCACGGUCAUUAUCGAGCAGAGCUGGGGCAGUCCCAAGGUGACCAAAGACGGGGUGACGGUGGCCAAGAGCAUCGACCUGAAGGACAAGUACAAGAACAUCGGGGCCAAGCUGGUGCAGGACGUGGCCAACAACACCAACGAGGAGGCCGGGGACGGCACCACCUCCGCCACCGUGCUGGCCCGCGCCAUCGCCAAGGAGGGCUUCGACUCCAUCAGCAAGGGCGCCAACCCCGUGGAGAUCCGCCGCGGCGUCAUGCUGGCCGUGGACACGGUCAUCAGCGAGCUCAAGAAGCUGUCCAAGCCCGUCACCACACCUGAGGAGAUCGCGCAGGUGGCCACCAUCUCUGCUAAUGGAGACAGUGAGGUUGGCAACAUCAUCUCCAAUGCCAUGAAGAAAGUGGGCCGCAAGGGGGUGAUCACAGUGAAGGACGGUAAAACUCUGCAUGACGAGCUGGAGAUCAUCGAGGGGCUGAAGUUCGACCGCGGCUACAUAUCCCCCUACUUCAUCAACACUGCUAAAGGUCAGAAAUGUGAAUUCCAAGACGCCUACCUCCUCCUGAGUGAGAAGAAGAUCUCCAGCGUCCAGAGCAUUGUCCCUGCGCUAGAGCUCGCUAACCAGCACCGCAAGCCCCUGGUCAUCGUGGCAGAGGAUGUGGACGGAGAAGCCCUCAGCACGCUUGUACUCAACAGGCUGAAGGUGGGACUGCAAGUCGUGGCAGUGAAGGCCCCAGGGUUUGGAGACAACAGGAAGAACCAGCUGCAGGAUAUGGCUGUUGCCACCGGGGGCACUGUCUUCGGUGACGAGGCCGUGGGCCUGGCCCUGGAGGACAUCCAGGCGCACGACUUCGGAAAGGUGGGCGAGGUGGUGGUCACCAAGGAUGACACCAUGCUGCUGAAGGGGCGCGGCGACACGGCCGCCGUGGAGAAGCGCGUGGCCGAGAUCGCUGAGCAGCUGGAGACCACCACCAGCGACUAUGAGAAGGAGAAGCUGAACGAGCGUCUGGCGAAGCUGUCUGACGGGGUGGCCGUUCUUAAGGUUGGGGGAACGAGCGAUGUGGAGGUGAACGAGAAGAAGGACCGCGUAACGGACGCCCUCAAUGCCACGCGGGCGGCUGUGGAAGAGGGUAUCGUGCCGGGGGGUGGCUGUGCCCUCCUGCGCUGUAUCCCUGCCCUGGACAGCAUCACCCCUGCCAACGCCGACCAGAAGAUUGGAAUUGACAUCAUCCGCCGUGCCCUGCGCAUCCCGGCCAUGACCAUUGCGAAGAACGCUGGAGUGGAGGGCUCGCUGGUGGUGGAGAAGAUCCUGCAGAGUGGCUCGGAGGUGGGCUACGAUGCCCUGCAGGGCGAGUACGUCAAUAUGGUGGCCAAGGGCAUCAUCGACCCAACCAAGGUUGUGAGGACAGCGCUGCUGGACGCGGCGGGUGUUGCGUCCCUGCUCUCCACCGCGGAGGCUGUUGUCACGGAGAUACCGAAGGAGGAAAAGGAGGCCGGAAUGCCCGGGGGCAUGGGAGGCAUGGGAGGCAUGGGAGGCAUGGGUGGGGGCAUGUUCUAAACCUGCCCACCUCCUCUCUGAACAUUCUGUCAGACUUAUGAGGGGGGGGGGGGCAGGGUCAGGGGACAGAGUGCUCCCUCCCCCUCCACCUGCUGGACUCACUGGCCAUGAGUUUGUUGAGGAACUGCAAACAAGCGAGCCCAACCCCAGCCUGGCCUCACCCCUUCCUCGAAAAAACCUCAAGACUCUGGGUCGGGCUCAGCCGUGCCUCGCCGCCUCCCCCAAACAGUCUCCAGUUCACACAGUAUAGGAUGACCCUGCUCAGAUUUGCUUUGGCAGUGAUGGUCAGUCCCUGCUCAUGUGUAUAACAACUCGAUAACAGUGAUAUAAAUCUUCUAAGUGCUAUUUUUAAUGUAUGAAGUUCAUGCAAUGGUGAAUCUUGGAAAGGUAUCACUGUCAUUCAGAUCAGAACCACAGUAAAUAUAUUUGAUUUCCUCCUGUACUAUCAUACCUUUAUGCAUAUUGGAUGAAACUAUUGGACAUGGUUGCUUAGAUGGUUGGGAAUAAGGAGAGGAUAGGUUUUCUGCAGCCAAACCUCAUUCUAGCUCCUUUGCCUGUUUGACACACUGAUAAUUGAGCUCUUCAUCUUGAUCAUUGUUCUUUUUUUAUAUAUUUGCGUUUGUUUAUCAUGUUGUCCUUUAUUACCCCAAAUUUGUUUUGGUACUUAAUGUUUCAGCAGAGAAUUAAAUAAUUUUACUUGCUGUCAGUCAGCAUUUUCAUGAAUGUGCAUUCCAUGAGCUGAGCAUCUUAGACUUGUCAUCAACAGUGCUGUCAGAAAUCUCAUACCCAAAUGUAGUCUUUGUCCUCAGCUGCUAAAAGCCUUGUAAAUUUGGUAAACUGUGUGUCUGAAGUUUAUCCUGGUUGGUGAGGAGUGCCUCGUUUACUGGUGUUUAUCGCCAUCUUUUGUUCUGCUUUACAAAUGCAUUGGAAGCCAAGGGUGGGCAUGCAAGAUCAAAGUGAAGAAACGUCAACUCUAAAAAAACACCUAGUUGGAUGAACACUUUCAGCUGGAGGAGUCCGUCCUUUUGCUUAUGAAGUUAAUACUUGUUAACAGCUGGCUUCAGGGUUGAAUAAAGGAAAGAAAGUUAAUUACAAUGUUCACGGUCCAAUAGUAUGAAUAACUAACUACAGGUAACUAUGUUAUAUGGAAGAAUAGUGCUGGACUGUGUCCAGUUUUCUUCAGAACUGAAUUCAGAAAGGGGGGAUUUGGGGGCUGGCUUUAACUGGGGGUUGAAAUGUGACAGUCAGCACGUUAAGGGUUUCUUCAAAGGGCAAAACCAUGAAUAGGUCUGUCCCAUUAGUUAAGGCUGUAUUUUUGCAGGCUCACCACAAGAGGCUCUCUAGGAGAUCUUGUUCAUAACAAGAACAAAUUGGGAGCCAAAAUCAUGAUUAAAACUCUAAAACGUGGCCAUUUUCGGCAUUAUGUUCGUAGCACUAUAAUGCAGCCUGUAUUGAACUCGAAGGGGAAACCGCCACAUUUUACUGACUGAGCAGACUGCUUUCCCGGUACCGGCUGAGUCUUAGUAUUGGCGGGGGCAGGACCGUAGGGUGGGGUUGGUCAGCUUGAACGGUGAGACUCCCACUGCACAGCUUUUUUGAAUCAUUCGUCAUGUUAGUGCCAGUUUUGUGAACGCCUUCAGCGUGCUCAGUAUCAUUGUUCUGCCUGACCUUAACGUUCAUGACAAUGUAUGAAGUCUUGCUUAGGCUUUGGCUUUUUUCUGCAUAUAAAUGUGUGCUUUUUUGUUUUUGACCAGUGACAUAAAUGACUGGGCAAAGGGAGGUCCAUCUGUUACUCAACAUUUACAUCAUUCAACAGCGGUGGCAGUUGCUUUUUCAAUGCUUUUAUUUCUUUACAAAGAAGCAGUUAUAAUUCAGUUUGUUUUGUACUAUGUAGUCUGA